UCAUCAUGUCUUCUCCUGGAGAAGAGGUAAUGUCUGUAAGUCCUGGAAACACAGAACAUGAAGACCAGUCUGUCAUCAAAAGGAUUGCUGAUCUGCCAUUAGUAAGCUCUACCUAUGAAAUGGUUUCCUCUACCUAUACUUCUGCCAAAAGGUCCCAUCCAACUAUCCAAGCAGUCUUUGAGAGGGCAGAGAUGGGCAUGAAGAAUAUUGCUACUUCAGCAGCAAGCAGUGCAGAGCCUGUUCUGAAUAUAAUUGAACCUCAGAUUGCUGUAGCAAAUAACUAUGCCUGUAGGGGUCUUGACAAGCUACAAGAGACAUUUCCUGUUAUGCAUCAGACAGUGGAAAAGGUAGUCUCAAAUGCCAAAGACCUUGUUAUUAGUGUCAAGAAUUCUGCUUAUGCCAAAGUCAUUGAAACAAAGAAUAUUGUGUCAAGCAUGAUAGAUGUAGCCACCGAAGCUGCCAUGGAAAACAUGGGAGUGGCUAUAUGUACAGUGAAGAGUGCUGUGCGCAUUAUGACGGAAGUCAGUGUGGGGCAGAUGGCCAGUGGUGUUGACAAGGUGAUAGAAAAAUCAGACGACUUACUAGAGCAGUUUCUCCCAAUCACAGAUGAAGAAUUGGCUGCCAUUGCAGCCUCAGCCAGCCUUGAAGGCUCUGGAGUAGUCCCUCUUGAAAAGCAGAAAGAAGAGCAAAGCUACUACGUGCGUCUGGGUUCCUUGUCAACCAAGCUCCGUAGCCGAGCCUAUCACCAUUCCCUGGCAAAGGUGCGAAUGAUCAAACAAAGUGCACAGCAGGCAUUGUUCCAGCUUGAACAGAUCAUUUACUUGCUGAAAUAUACCAAGGAGAUGUUGGAUCAGAAAGUUCACAAAGGCCAAGAAAAAGUGUACCAAAUGUGGAAGGAAUGGUACAAAAGUCAACCCGAGCAGGGUCAGAGCAGUGGAGCAAGUCAGGCAGAGAUGGAAUCCCAUGCUCUAGCCACAUCCCACAACGUUGCACAGCAGAUGCAGGAGCUCUGCCAGAAACUCUUGGUUUACAUGCAGGGGCUUCCUGAACAUCUUCAACAAAAAAUCCAACAGGCUCAGUGUGAUUUGAAAGAGCUACAAGCUGUUGUCUGUAGUGCCACGUCCUUCCAGGAGCUUCCCAGUGGCUUCCUGAAAGAGAGCUCAGAGAAGGUUAACAAGGCCCAGGAGGCUGUCCAUGAAGUCAUGGUAUAUGUAACUAAGAGCAUUCCUCUGUCAUGGGUAGUUGGACCCUUUUCUCCUAUUGAAUCUUCAGCAGGAGAAUCCAUGGUACAGGAAAAUCCAUAA